AUGGUGAAUAAUGUGACCGCUGCUCAAGACCGAAGACAAUUGACUCCGACCGAAGCGGACGACGCAGGGCAGCGUAUUUUUGAUUGCGGAGGAAAAUUUCCCAGGAUUUGUCGAAAACUAAUCAGAUAUUCCUUCGAUUUUGUCGGUCUCGCUGCUUUGACGUUAUCCAUUGUCGCUAUUGUUCUUGCUAGUAGGUACGUUUCAACGAAGAUUGCUCAAGAGUGAAGGAUUUUGGAGAUGUAAAUUUCAAUUCCAUACAUCGCGGGGGCAUUUUAGUGGGCUCACAUGACGAAAUAAAUUCUACAAUAAAACCAGCUGUUUUAGUCUGUAUAUCGCUACACUACGAGUGUUCGCCGAAAAUUUUGAGUUAUAAUACAAUGAUUUCCCCUUGAAUUAUGACGUUUGAAAAAAUAUUACUGACGUUCAGAAUUAUUUCCAAAGGGUCAGUUUAAAGUUUUUACAGGGCUGAGUUCCCCGGGGCUGAACGAACUCCAUGUAAUCGGUCCCUAAGGUAUUAUAUAAAAUUAAUUGUUAAUACUACAGAAGUUAUGUUUCAACGGGUCAUGCAAUUUAUGCAAAUUAGUAAGGAAGUCGAAUAAUCAUGGCCGUAGUUUCUGGUCAUAAAAAUUCACAUACGGAAAUUUCCAUCCAAAAAAAUCCUUCUUAUAUUAAAACUGCCUUUUAGGGAAGACACGCGACUAACCGACGGUGACAAAGAUCUCAACUCGCUUAAAGAAGAAAUGGAAACUUGCUACAAUAACUCGUACGAUAGGAUACAAAAACUUGCAACAAAAAUCGACCAAAUUGACGAAAGCCUUGAAGAUCUAAUCGCACAAACGAAAUCUUCGCUGGAAAAUAAGAUCAACAGUGUCGAAAGUGGACUAAACACUCGAUUCCUAAGCGUGCAAAACCAAGUUUCAGAUAUGAAUACGAAUGUUAAUAAAAUGCAAACAAGUUUAGGCGGUUUUGAGGACUCAACCAACAAAGGAUUUUCAAAAGUGUGGGAAGAAUUUAAGGAGGUCGACAAGGAAAUUGCAAACUUACCCAAGAAUUGUGGCAGUUUGAUGUACUGUUAUAUGAGAAACUAUGUUAUAUUUUAUACUUUAAUUGUUUUACUGUUUAAUGUAGGGUAA